AUGACAACUUUCAUAUGCAUGCAAAUUUAUGUUAUUCUCUUUCCAAUUCUCUAUAGUUGGUGCUUCGGAUGUCCAUGCAGUGGUCCAAACACAGCUGACUUAGAAUUCCAACGAGUGAAUAAAGAUGAAGCAGUGCAGAAGAAGAAGGCUGCAACGAGAGCAGCAGAAAUUUUGCAUCAGCAACGUUUACGAGCGCAACAAAAACGAAUUCGCCAACGUCAGCAGACAAAGUUGAAUGAAAAUAAGAAAAUCAUAACAAUUCCUGAUGCCUGCAUUGUGCAGGCAGCUACUACUCCAGCAGUUCUACCAUUAACAUGCCCUUUGAACUACAAAAGUAGCACAAAGGAACCGACUCCAAAAUCACACUUGUCACCAAGACAAAAGUCAGUCGUCAAAAAUAAUUCACGGUAUGUAGAAAAUAGAGGGAAAGACGUCCCAGCACACUGCCACCCAACUCAGUCAACGGACUACCCUCACAAUUAUUAA